GUACUCGGUAAGAAAGAGCCUUGGGCGGGAUGUUACAGCUCCUUCACUGACAUGAUUAGAUAAACCUUGAAGCUAGGGUUUUAGAAGAAAUUACCAGCCUUGCUUGCUCCUUCACCUUCAAAGCUGCGAGAUAUCUGAAUCCAACGAACAAGAAACCUGAAUUUGGGGACUUUGAUCAAGGUGACAACACUGCGUCAAGAAAUUAUAUGCAAGCAUGGGAAGCAUGACAAUGGCUCCAAGUUUCUGCUUCUCUGUCAACAAAAGCAGCAAAAAUUCUAGCAAGUUAAGCAAUGCCAUUACGCAACAUAAUUUUAUAACCGCAAAGCGGAUAGAGAAACCUCUAGAGGAACUGUACAAUGUGAGAGUGGAAAGGAAAGUGUCACCAGACAGAUUGGCCAAGCUCGGUGUCUCAAAAUGGUCGACGUGGAAGACUGGCAAGUGCAAGUUGCCAUGGGACUGGCAGGUUGAUCAGUUAGUUUACAUUGAGGAAGGAGAGGUGAGGGUAGUUCCAGAAGGGAGCAAGCGGUUCAUGCAAUUUGUGGCAGGAGACCUUGUCCGAUACCCAAAGUGGUUCGAGGCAGACCUUUUCUUCAAUGGUCCAUAUCAAGAGCGAUACAGUUUUCGAGCGUAUGGUGAUGACUGAUAGUUAUGCAAUACUUGUGUUGGCAUGCAAUGGCUUCUCCUUCGUGUUAUAUUUGCUUGCUUGCUAUGUCUGAAUCUCAGCCAUAUGUAUAAGCGCAAACCUGUGUUUUCUAACUGCCAUGUGAAAUGUUGUUUUCCAGAAUAUAUAGAUUUUCUUUGCCAUUUUAA